GAGGCUCCUCCUCUCCUUAGCUAUAUUUCAUACACCAAAAUAUCAAUAAAUAAAGGCAUCGACAAAGAUCAAAGGCUUGGAGGCACCAUUCUCUCUGUGCUCUUCUGAUCUCUCAUUUUCCUCUCUUCUGCUUUGCUUCUCCCUCUUUUUUCCCAAUGACUAUUCCUCACUCUCUCUCUUUCAAACUCUGACCCAACAAAACCAUUUCUUUUCUGUCAUUUCCUCUAUGUUUGCUUCCCAAACACAGAACCUCUGUUACCCCUUCUGUCAUUUCCUGCUCAGAUCUAUCACCUCCCUUUUCGGCCGUUUUGCAAGUUACAAUCUUUUUCUUCCUUGGGCUCUGAGACAUGAGUAAAGAGGAAUUCUUGAAGAUACAGAAAUGUGUUCUUAGAGUGAACAUACACUGUGAUGGAUGCAAACAGAAAGUGAAGAAAAUCUUGCAGAAAAUUGACGGUGUGUUCACCACACAGAUCGAUGCUGAGCAAGGGAAGGUGACGGUUUCAGGCAAUGUGGACCCCAAUCUUCUCAUCAAGAAGCUUGCAAAAUCGGGGAAACAUGCAGAACUCUGGGGUGCUGCACCUAAACCCAGCAACAAUCACAAUAAUAACCAGAACCACCCUGUCAAUGCCAACCAGGUCAAGAACAUGCAAAUUGAACACCUCAAAGGUAUGGGAAACCACAACCAGAACAACAAAGGUCAACAUCCUAAGGGUGGUGGUGGAAAUAACCAACCCAAAGGUGGUGGUGGUGGUGGUGGUCAACAACAAGGACCAAAUCCUCAACAGCAACUGCAGCUCCAGCAGCAGCAGCAGCUCCAACAGCAGCAGCUCCAGCAGCUCCAGCAGCAGCAGCGGCUCCAGCAACAGCUACAACAACUUCAACAGAUGAAAGGAUUUCAAGAUCUGAACAUCCCUCAAUUCAAGGACCUCAAGCUUCCCCCACACAACUCCAACCCAAAAGCUGUUAAGUUUGAUAUUCCAGAGGAUGACGAAGACUUCACCGAUGAUGAAUUGGAUGAUUUUGACGAUGAUGACGAAUUUGACGAGGAGUUUGAUGAUGACGACGAAGAUGAUGUUAUGGAUGAUCUUCCACACAACAAAAUGAAAUUACCACCAACGAUGAUGAAUGUUCCCAAGGCUGCCAAUAAUGUUGCUGGAAAGAAAGGUGCAGGACCGGUUCCUUUUCAAGUACAAGGGGGAGGACAAAAAGGUGGUGGCGGAGUCAGCAUCGGUGGUGGCCACCAGGGUGGAGGUAACAAAAGUGGCAACAAUGGCGGUAAGAAUGGAGGUGGUGCAUUUGAGGGUAAAAGCGGUGGUGGAGGGAACAAGAAUAACAAUGGAGGAGGAGGAGGAGGAGGAGGUAACUUUAACAAUAACAUGAACAUGAAUGGGGGUAAGAAAGGUAAUCCAAUGGGUGCAGGUGGUGUUCAACCACCAAUGAACGCUGGAUUCCGAAACAUGGGUGGUGGUGGUGGCCCCCAUGGUAUGUCCGGGCCAAAUGUAGGUCCCAUGAACAUGUCAAUGCCGAACAUCCCGGCCGUGCAGGGACUUCCAGCGGCCUCCUUCAGUGGCGGUGGAUACUUUCAAGGCGGCGGCGGUGGUCCGAAUGGUAUGGCUGGAAACCCUUUCCAGCAGCAGCAGCAGCAACUUUUACAGCAGCAGCAUCAACAGUUACAACAACAACAGUUGCAGCAACAACAACAACAUAUGGGUGCAAUGAUGGGAAACGAGAGAUUCCAGCCAAUGAUGUACGCCAGACCUCCGCCGGCGGUGAAUUACAUGUACCCUCCUUACCCCUAUCCUCCUCCAGAUCCUUACACCCACUUUUUCAGCGAUGAAAACACCUCUAGUUGCAACGUAAUGUGAAUCUAUCACAGAUCCCAUCUCAUGCCGUUUCUGCAUAUCUGCUUCCCUAGUUUCUCAUUUCAGAUCUAUUAUAUUAUUAUACAACAAUGCAAUCACUUUCAUAAUUGUAGUAUCUUAUUUUUCUAUUUUUCUUUCA